GACCAAUCAGAGAGCGCCAUAACGACCGAGGCAGCAUUUUAAAUUUCUACUAGAGACUGUUGUCAAAAGGCAGGACGGAGCAACGCUGCAGCCACCGAGGGACUAGCCUGGCGAUUAGUUUCAUGUCUGCCUCAGGUUUUUUUUUUAUCGUGAGAUUCGCAUGCAGUACAUUUUUAUCGUUAAAUCAAAUGUUUAAAUAACGUUCGCGUUCAAAGGUGGUUAGCGUUAGUUUUGAUUUGAAUUAACAAGUGUAUGGCAGCAAGCUAGCUUCCACGGCUAAACUAACGUCGGUUAAGGUAGGGUUAACAAUAGUUUGACCCUUGCAGAAAUUAUCGCUACCUCGACUGCUGAAGAGUUUUAAAAGUUUCUUUUAACGAGCACAAAAAUGAGUGCAGGUAUCGCGAAGCCGGCGAAUCCGUCGGCACAUGUCGACCCAAAAUCCGCUCCUCUUAAAGAAAUCCCAGACAUUCUGGUAGACCCACGCAACACGAGAAAAUACGCGAGGGGAAGGUUCCUCGGAAAAGGUGGUUUCGCAAAAUGCUACGAAAUUACAGAUAUGGAGACGAAACAGGUUUUCGCUGGAAAAAUCGUGCCCAAGUCUCUGAUUCUGAAGCAGCACCAGAGGGAGAAGAUGACCUCCGAAAUCGCCAUUCACAAGAGCCUCGACCACGCGAACGUCGUGGGUUUCCACGGGUUUUUCGAAGACGAUGACUUUGUCUUUGUUGUUCUGGAAAUCUGCAGGAGAAGGUCCUUGUUGGAGCUGCACAAGCGUCGUAAGGCAGUGACUGAGCCAGAAGCUCGUUACUACAUGACCCAACUGCUCAAGGGUGUCCAGUACCUGCACAACAACAGAGUCAUCCACAGAGACCUGAAACUGGGCAACAUCUUCCUCAACGAUGACAUGGAACUUAAGAUAGGGGACUUUGGUUUGGCCACUAAGAUCGAGUUUGAUGGCGAGAGGAAGAAGACCUUGUGUGGGACGCCCAACUACAUUGCACCGGAAGUGCUUUGUAAGAAAGGCCACAGCUACGAAGUGGACGUCUGGUCACUAGGGUGCAUAUUGUACACUUUGUUGGUGGGUAAGCCCCCAUUUGAGACCUCCUGUCUGAAGGAGACCUACAACCGCAUUAAGAAGAACAACUACACCAUCCCCUGGCACAUCAACCCGUUGGCGUCGGCGCUCAUUAAGCGCAUGCUGCACGCCGAUCCCGCCCAACGGCCUACCAUCGCUGAGCUACAACUGGACGAGUACUUCACAUCUGGCUACAUCCCCGUGCGUCUGCCCACAACUUGUCUCACUGUGCCCCCCCGGUUCUCCAUUGCCCCUACCACAGCUAUGGAGCUCAACCAGAGGCGCCCGCUGACUGCUAUCAACAACAAAGGAGGGACCGAGAAGGGGGACAUGAAGGACGAGCCUGGGCAAAGGGAGCCUGAGCCAUCAGAAAACAAUCUGAAAGACCUGCUGCAGCAGCUCAACAGCAUCAUUGCUGCCAAGCCCUCUGAGAAGGCGGUCAUCUGCCAAGAAGAGGCAGAAGAUCCUGCGUGUAUUCCCAUCUUCUGGAUCAGCAAAUGGGUAGACUACUCGGACAAAUAUGGACUCGGUUACCAGCUGUGUGACAACAGCGUGGGUGUGCUGUUCAACGACUACACGCGGCUGAUCAUGUACGCGGACGGAGACAGUCUGCAGUACAUUGACAAGGCGGCCACUGAAUCCUACCUCAGCGUGCGCUCCUACCCUACUACCCUCAACAAGAAGAUAACAUUGCUGAAAUACUUCCGCAACUACAUGAGCGAGCACCUGCUGAAGGCCGGCGCCAACAUGGCUCGGCGGGAUGGGGAUGAGCUGGCGCGGCUGCCCUACCUCUCCCUCUGGUUCAGAACGAAGAGCGCCAUCGUCCUGCACCUCACCAACGGCACCGUUCAGAUCAACUUCUUCCAGGACCACACCAAGCUGAUCCUGUGUCCGCUGAUGGGCGCCGUGACCUAUAUCGACGAGAAGCGAGAGUUCCGCACGUACAAGCUGUCUCUGCUGGAGGAGUUCGGCUGCAGUAAGGAGCUGGCCAGCCGCAUCCGCUACGCCAAGCUCAUGGUGGAGAAACUGCUGGACAGCAAGCCUUCCACCGCCGCAACUUAGACCACUUAGCACCACACCUUCAAUCUCCGUCUGUCUUUCAUCACCGCCUCACUGCGUCCUAUCUGCCAGGUGCUCGGAGGACGGAACAGACACUUAAAUUAUCCUGAGUUUUCAAGUUUGCAUUUUUAUCCUUUUUUUUGUUUGUUUUCAUGCUGUUAACAGAAACUGUUAUUUAACUUUCUUGAUGAAGCUUAAUCUUGACGAACACGUUCCUGCCGACAUAAGGUUAAGAUGGCUGCCAACGAGUUGACCCUGUACGUUUUUAAAUGAGACUAGGAGGAAAAAGAUGCAAGUCGAGUGUUCAAAUCCUCUUGAAGUUGAAACUUUCUUCCCAGAUUGCGUUCUGCUUCGUUUGUUUGUUCAUGUAUCAGGCGAGCUUUUAAACUUAACGCUGAGUGGACAAAUAUGUGGUGGCGAUUGAGACAGACUGGCUGUGUGGAUGGG